UAGUAGCAUAAUAUUGAUUAUCGCUUGAUACUGGUGUUAGGGUAAAUACAUCCAAGAAAGAAGUAAUAACCCAUUAUUUAAGGAAUUUCCUCGACUCAUUUUUUUUCCUCAAAUUUUUAGUAACUGGUUAGUAGUAAAGAGUUAAUUUUUGCAUUUCAUUAGUCGGUUCUUCACAGAUAAUUUUGAGCAACGUUUACGGUUGAACCAACAUCAUUAGUGUUGUUUAUACUCAUCAAACAGUCGCUUCCACGUUACCAUCGAUGUAUAAUGUGGCUUGCAUUGUACGCGGAAACGCUUAUUUCGCUCUCCACUAAACCGCAACGAAUGUGUUAGUCAUGUAACGAACACAAUGGGGCGUACGUCUUUUACUUCCCUGAACAUUCCUAAAUUUAGCAAUGCAUAACAGUUAUGUGUUUACAUGUAUGAUUAAUAUUCUAUUUUCAGCGGCUGGAAGCUUCUAACGUAGCAAUGUAUAUAGUAUACCGUCGCUUGACACAUUAGUUGGAAUAGACGUGUGUGUAUAAGUGUUAUCAGCUAGAAAAUGUUUUGAUUUAAACUAAGUAAUGGGUAUCGCUGAGCUUGUACUUUUGCUGUUUGUAAUAUGUUCAGAAGUUAAGAGCCAACAUGUGGAAUAUCAGACUAUUGUAAUAGAGCAACAGGCAAGGAAAGUGAAUGGAUGUAUUGAGAAUUCUCUGAUUGUCCAAAAUCAAACACAAGACGAUAAUAACGUGCAGUAUCGAUUUGAAGACGGAAUCUUCAAAACAUGUCUUGGCGCACAAGACAAUACUUCAACAUCUUUCUUGUCAUUGUUAUCGAUGGAAGAAACAAAACUCCUUGACCAAUACAACUACUUUAAAACAAAGAAAAUGGUUUUGUUCGCAGAAAACAACAUUGACCACAACAUUAUAUUUUACGAAACUGAAGGAAAACGGCCAGUAAUGUCCAAACAUUUUUCGGCAAAAACGAAUAAAAGUGAAGUAUACGCUAUAUUAGAAACCCAAUUGCUGUCUUCAAAUAUAUCAAUCUUGAUCGUUGGAAUAUUGCAUCCUAACGUAUCCGACCACAAAAGAAAACCAUCAUCUGAAACUUCAUACCGCACAGACGUAUAUGAAUUGGACAAUCUUGGUUUUUUGUCCGUGACCGCAAUCAGGUGUGAUGCAACGCAGAAUUGUUCGAAAGUACCCAUAAAUGUGACUUUCGGAUAUAACCUAGCUUGGGACAUAAGUAUAUUGCGAUACAACGAUCGAUUUACCAAAGUAUAUUCAUUUACUCAGAAUUGUAAUCGACUAAGCGAAGACGGAAAAUGGGUUGAAUUUGAAAACCAUUCGAUUCAACCCCUGGUCACCAGAUGCCGUAAUGAAGCGGGAUCGGUUUACGGUGUCAAACAAGAAAUCAAACUUUUCCAAAUGUCGAUGUUUUGGAGAACUUUUUUCAUCGUGUCGAAAGUUUUUGUCGGCAUUAGCACAUUCUUUUUACUAAUAACCGUUUUCUUUCUCGUACGAUACCGCGUUAAACUACCAUCCCAUCGCGUUUUCAAUCAACUUGGAAUCUCACUUUCGUUUAUCGGAAGACAAUUCGUUAUAUUACUGUACACCGGGAUGUUGGUGGCAGAACCAUAUCCAGUACGUUUAUGUGAAUGUAUGGCAAUUUUAUUCCUAUAUUUUUCUGUUACGACUGCAUGUUGGUUGCUAAGUGAAGCAUUAGUGCUAUUUGUGAAAGUAGGAUUACUCCAAAUGGUCAGCUACACUAAGGCUUUCUCUACCAGACGUAUGACCGCAGUUACAGUAUGUAUUUGGAUUUUUUCUGCUUUGUAUGUAUUUGCUACAGCGUAUCCUGCACAUAGAGCUAAUAUCUUUGUCUGCAAUACAAAUCUAUACAACGCUAUUAAUGAAAGACACAAUUUGUUGAGUUCAUACGGGAAUAGCACCGUGUACGAUAUGACUAAGUAUAUAAAAUAUUACGGCUGUGAACCCUCGCAUAAUGAUUACGUUGUUUAUCUUGUUUUAACGCCCACCGUAAUAGCAUUUAUUUUUAACUUGAUAGUCGCUACCUAUAUUACUACUGUAGUUUUGCGUAAAAGUAUUGCAACACAAUCAAGCCGGCCGUCAGACAACCCCCUGCCCACGAGGGACACAAUAAAAACAACAACAAACGCUAUUAUAUUUCUUGCUUGGUCUCUAGGUAUUCCACAAUUUGUCACUGUAAUUUUAAACACUUUGGAUCAUAACGUGGAAGCAUACAUGAUUAACAAUAUAUUAAAUGCUGUACAAGGGCCGAUUGUGUUUUAUUUUUAUUUCCUGAAAAAUUCAGAACUCAGGCAAGCAAUGAAGCGCAAGAAUAAACGACGGAAGUUGAAAAAAGACAAUGAAAAUACUUGAAAAUUAGUAACUUGAUUUUUUUUUUUAAUUUGAACUCUCUGUAUUUGUGUACUUUAUUUAUUGUUUUUUCAUGUUAGAAAAUUUUGCUGAACAAAAAAUAGAAAAAAAAAAUUGCAUCGCAAGUUAUAGACUAAUGUUUGUUGGUAGUUUCUGAGUAGGAAAAUUUCUAUUUUCUUCAAUAUUUUAUUUUAUUAAUCAUUGUAUAUGUUAUUGUCUAAUUGUACUGAUACUCGAAAUGCCGUUAUCUAUUUCGAUUUUGUAACAAAUGUUACCUCUGCCUCUGCUUACAGACCUGUUACUUAUUAUUGAUAUCAACAAUUUUGCCAAGUGUUAAGCGUUCGUUGUUGAAUAAAAAUUUAAUCAAAAAAUUAUACGGAUGGUGGUACGCAAAUCUGCAAUAUUGUACUCACUCAUUAGUCAUUAUAUUUUAGAAAUCUAGU